GUUUUUUCACCGUCCGCCAAAUCUCAGCCUGAAAGCGGACUCAUCAAGUCUGAGCGCCGCCGGAUUCUAUCGCCAUUUUCAGUCGGAGUAUCGACGCGUUCGAGUAAGCCUUGUCUUCGUUCUCUUCUUCCAGCACCGUCGCCGACGCUGACGACGAUGAAGCCGUCUCCUGUCCGACAUGACGACCGAGCAGCCUAAGCCAGCAGACCCGCCUGUCGCUUAUCCUCUGCCGCCUCAUUUUCAGCAUUAUAAUGGAGGAACUUUCCCACCGCCGCCGCCGCCGCCUGGUGUCUACCCACCGAUGUUUGCCUAUCCACCGCCCGUCGAGGGGCAUCCAGAGGGUGGACCGCCGCCAGGGCUCAUCAUGUUCCAUGCACCACCAGGUAUGGUCUAUGCUUAUCCACCACCUCCGGGGCAAUUAGCCUUUGCUGUGCCCCCAGGCGCUCCUUCGCCUUCAAUGAUGAAGCCGAAGCGAAAACAAGUCAAGAUGGCCUGCACAAAUUGCGCUACUGCCUGCAAACGGUGUGACGAGGCGCGUCCGUGCGAGCGCUGUCUUAAGUACGGCAUUCAAGACAGUUGCAUCGAUGGUCAACGUAAAGAACGCAAGAAGGGUGUCAAACGCGGGCCAUACAAACGAAAAAACAAGGGUAUGGAUCCGACGUUCAGCGACGGAGAAUUUCCCCAACCAGCUCCACCUGAAAAUGGCGAGUGGCAGGCUGCCAGUUCCAAUGGCUCUCCCCCUGCUAAUGCAUCCACUACUGCCGCGGCUAUCCAUGCUGUAGCUCAGUUCGCAGCACCUCCCGAGGCAGGCGCGGGCUACUAUCCUUUAUACUAUCCACCAGGUCACUUUGUUGCGCAGAUACCGGAAGGCCAAGAGGGCCAACCACAGGUAGUGCAGUACUUUAUGGGAGGCUAUCCUCCGCCAUAUGGCUACGCGCCUCCUCCAGGCGCGACAUUUGUAUCUGCUCCUCCUCCUCUACCUGGCCAACCUGUCGAAGCAUCCAAUAGUUCCGACAAAUCUGCCGAACCUGCGCCGACAACCAACGGCGUUGUCAUUGCUGCCUCUGACGGUGCAGAUCCACUAUCGCGUAAGCGAGGGCGGAUAAGCAACGGAACGCCUGGGAAGUCAAAGAAAACAAAGACGUCGGAUAAGGACCCCGGAAGCGAGGACGUUGACGCAGAUAAAGAGGAUAGCGACUCGCUUCCGUCGAAUUAAUGAUUGGGGUUCUGCCAUUGGCACCAGCCGCGCCACUACAUCUCCUUCCGUGUUAUAUCUACACCCCAUUUCUUGUCUUUCCUUGUCGUCAUGUUUUUUGCUGUCUAUCCCUGAACGAACAAAAUUGACAAUUAAUAACGCCAACCUUGCUGGUCCUUUGACCUUAGACAAGGCCCUGUGUCGACGCGACAGAGUUUGACCUUGUUGUUGGUCAAAAGGCCUGUAUUGAUGGGUGCCAUCGUAUAUUGUAUUCUUUUUGGGACAUCUGGUUUUGUUGGUUAUGUACCAUUGCUUCUUGAUCCAUUGUAGUGUCUCUGUAUGAUAUAUAUAUUGAUUUUGUGAUUAAAUACCAAUGAGUGUUUUGCAUA